AUGACGUCAGUUGAUUUUAAUUUUGCCGAGCCUAUCGCCUCGUCUUACGACUCCGUUGAUGCUGGUAUGACUACCAGCCCGGCAGACAUUGGUUCUGUUAAAAAGUCAGAUUUUGUCGUGCUCAACGGGCGUCCUUUCAAGGUGGUUGAAAUAACACAUUCGAAACCAGGAAAACAUGGUCAUUCAAAGGUUCAUUUGGUCGGUAUUGAUAUAUUUACAGGUCGUCGUCAUGAAGAUGUUCGUCCUGUCGGGCAUAUCAUUCAAGUACCAAAAGUUGGUAAAAAGGAUUAUCUUCUCGUUAGUAUCGCUAAUGAUGGUUACGCUACUUUACUUGACGAGGAUACAUGCCAAAUACGUAGUGAUCUAUCAAUUCAAGAUUCGAAUACAGCCCGCCGAUUACGCGACAAGUACAAGGAAGAUAACGGUCAGAUAAAAGUUACCGUCCUCAAAGCACUUGGCGAAGAGCAAAUCAUGGCAUUCAAAGUGAUAGAUUAG